AUGCCAUCACCAAUGGUAUCCCAUAAGGUUUUAGUUGCAAUAAUCUUAUUAAAUGUGUAUAUAGGUGUACAGUCUGUUUUUUACUUAUUCGGCGGCGUCCUUUUAACGGUCCUCUUUGCUAUGGCAUUUUUAAAUGGACCCAGGCUGCUGGACUGGGCGAAUUCACCUCCACAUCUGCAGUUUAACAAAUACGUCUUAACGGGAUACCGGCCAAUCUCCUCUGUGCAAGACUGCAUCAGAAGCCUGUUUUACCUGCACAAUGAACUUGGAAACAUAUACACUCACGGCAUCCCUUUGGUUUGCUUCUUGGUGCUGCUGCCUCUCAACAUCCCGUGGUCUCAGAUCAGCGUUACGUGGUUGGGCGUGGUGCACUUCCUGGCUUGCCUGUCGCCCCAGCUAGGCUCUGUGCUCUACCACCUCUUCAUGAACCACGAGGGAGGGGAGCCCGUCUACCACACUCUCCUCAAACUUGACGUGUGUGGAAUCUGCAUGAUCAAUACAUUGGGGGCGCUGCCCAUUGUCUACAGCACGCUGCUUUGCUACCCGUUCAUCCGCACUGUGACUCUGUUAGUCUACAUCCUGCUGUCCAGCCACGCCAUCUACUGCGCCGUCACAGCUCAGAGCAGCGUUCGCCGGCUGCGCUCCUUCGCCUGGCAGGCGCUGUUCCGCUUCUCCUUCUUCCUGCUGCGCUGGGUGGGCGUGGGUGGCGGCAGCCCCACCUCGCUACGCCACUUCCUCAUGAUGGACGCGCUGGCUGUGCUGGGCGGGGUCAUCAACAUCACACGCAUCCCGGAGCGCUUCCGCCCGGGCCUCUUUGACUACUGGUGCAACAGCCACCAGAUUAUGCAUGUACUGGUGGUGGGCUCCAUCCUUUACCUGCACUGGGGUGUGCUGGACGACCUGCUGUGGAUCAACAGCUACAACUGUCCCUCAGACUGACCCCCCCCCCCUCUCACAAGGAACACUGGGACGUAAGGUUAAAGGCCCUCCUGGGGGGAGGGAGGUGUCUGGAGAGGGAAGGGGAAGGAGGGGAAAUCAGGUGGAACUGAUUCUGUGAGGUGAGACGAUAUGUUGUCCGUGCACGUGUUUACUUCAUGCGCUCAAACUCAGAACGUUCAUAUCUUCGUCCAUCUUGGGACUUUGUGCGAAUGCAGGCAAAAUUAUGUCAAGUAACACGCACAAGCAUUUUGACUCUCUCACUUGCUGCAAACAUGGACACACACGAACAUAAACAUACACUGCAAAAUAGAACUAUUUUAAACAGUAAAUUUAAUGACUGAGUAUUGAACACUAUAAAGUCUUAAGUAAAGGCUCUAGUAAAGGUUACUGCUGAGUUUAAAGCCUUUACUUAAUAAUAGAAGUUUUACUUGAACAUUAGUUGAUGUGGUUGGUUAAGACAGUCUAUGGCUAAAUGACAUCACAUGCUCAAGUCCUCUCAGAUGUCACUGUUGCUACCUAUGCAGCACAUCCAUAUCUCAACUCAUGCACAUCACAUACACAACACAUGCUCAGACACCCUCACACCUAUAUUUUUAUACUACAUGUACAUACUGUAAGUGCAUCGAGUCUUAACUACGUCCAACUGACUGAGUUUUACUAGACUGGUUGUUCUGUCCGUGUUUCCUUGUUUUCUGUCACUGCCUCUUUCUUUAUUUGUGAAUCAGUCUGAUUUGUCCUUACAGUCAAGAGAUGACGAGGAAAUGAAGAUGGGUGAGGGGGUUCAUUCCUGAGUUUGCUAGCAUGUUGGCAAUGAGUUUACUUGCUUUAGGUGGCUUGGACCACACAUUAGAAUCAAUCGUGCAGUGUUAUCGGCUUUUUCUGCACCUGAGCUCAGUGCCAAUGAAAUUCAGGCAUUUUUAAUCAGAAAGGAAAGUGCACACGUUUACAAACUAUGUUGUUCAGUGGCAUUACUGUUUGCCAAACCUAGUCCUAGUUAUUUAUGCUUGUACAUUUAUGAUAACCUCCCAUUAUAAGGAAGAUUGUCACCACUAUUUCCUUUUAUGGAAGGUGAGGUUUUAGAACUUUUAAGUUAUAAACUGUCUUAAGUUUAACAUUUUUUAUGUACAUUUGUUCUUAAAAAAAGUCCUUUAAUGUGCAUUUUAAAAUGACAGAACAGACAUGAAAAGGCACUCUGAUGAUAACAAUCUCAAAAAUGACAUUGCUAUGUUACACUACACUGAAAUGCCACCAUAUGUACAUUAGAUCUUGAUGUACAUGUGGCAGCAAGAUGCACUGAAAAUUAAGGGAUUGCUAUUUAAUUUUUAUGGUAACGUGAUUGUAAUUGUAAGUUCCUGAACAAUUAAAUAUCUUUACACUGUAACCCUGUUUAGACAAACUACAGAUAAAACUGACCUGCGUAUUGGCACAAUAUGCACAAAAUAUUGUAAUGAAAUAUAUUAUAUUUAUUAUGCUUUUUAUUGAGUUGUAUUUAUUUACUGAUACAGGUAAAAUUGUGUUUAUCUGUCAGCUGUCUAAACAGUUUACGUUGUUGCUGUGCAGGAUCACUGGCUGACAGAUCAAGUUAGAGGUCAGAGAAAAUCUUUUGUUGUAUUCCAACCCGUGCAAAUCCCGAGGAUUAGCUCCUCAUUUUCUCCCCACACGCUUUUUUUUUCAGUGACGUUUGACUUCUCAGUCACACAGUAAUAUUGUGAAAAAAGAUUGGUCUCUAUGCAUUGCAAUUCACAUAACAUUCACAAUAAUCAGCAAGAAGUUAUGUGACUUUUAAAACUUCUCUUUUUAAGAUGUUACUUAUGUAAAUUUUUCUUGGGCUUGAAUGAAAAUGGUUCUAAUGUAUUUGUAUGUUUACUUGUACAUUGACUCUAGAUAUUGAUGGUUUAUAAGGGUUAGUCAUUUUUGCCACUUUAUGCUUUAUUAUUUAAAUGCACCGCUUUUGUUUUGUGACAGAGCACUUCUUAACUUGCACUUUUUUUAACCCGAACAGAGGUUAGACAGUCUGAGUCUUUUUAAAGUGGAGUAGUAUUUUAUUUUAUUUAAGAUGGCCUUGCCAAACAAGAAUGAACCCCUAUGCCAUCCUGUCAUAAUAUAUAAGUUACAUCAGUUCUGUGUGGAUGUCCAUGAUUGUUUUGCCACUGUAUUCCUCUGUGGUAUUUCAGUUACUAAUCUUGAGUAAAAUUAACUGUUGCUCUGUUACUUCAUGCUCAAGACUAGUGGUUGAAAUGCGAUCUCUUUUCAGACAGACUUUACUUUCUUAAUGACAUUGCACUUGUUUCCCAUGCCAACAGUCACAGCCGCCCCCUGACUAGUUGCCAAUCUUGUCAGCCCCUUCUUGCCAAAUUAGCAGCGUCUGUGGUGUAGUAUGUCCUCUGCUUCCUGUGCUCACUAACAUGACUGACUGACUCACACUGACUCAUAGGUGAAGAAGGAUUUCCCACAGUCUUUAUCACGUACACUAGUCUUAGACUGGAUCCCUCCACCCCACCCCUCACCUUGACAAAGAGCCAGAUACUGUAUGCCUGCUAGUCUCACUCUGAUGAUUAUUACCUACUAUGGCCGUGGUACAAUGUAAAAGCUGAAACUAAUGUAUUUUUGGCCAUUGAAUGAAAUUGAAAAAAAAUGCAUGAAAGUAGUUGUGAAACAGAAACUGAUGUCCGAUAGUGUUAGCCAAUCUUUUGUUCACUGUAGCCAUCCAAAGGCCAUGUCACUUGCUCUUGGAAUUGACUGUGUGGGUAGUGGGGGGCUGGGGGUUGGGGGAGUGGGGGAGAUCCACUACAAGAAGAUUAUUGAACAGGUCCGAUCAGAGGCAAUACAUCACUAUCAAAUAAACUGCACUGUUCAUUGUUCUCAAAAGGGCUUUGGAUCAAAGUAAAUUCCAAUUCUGAAACAUAUUUAAAGUCCAUAUAAAUAAUGUAAAUACAUGUAUGUAGAAUAUAUAUACAUACAGUGCAAACGAUAUACCCUGAUUUGAUACAUACACCAUAUGUUAAGGAAAGAAAAAUAAGAAACAGGAAUAAUGGUUUGCCACAUAUAAGCUGCUGCUCUCUUUCACAGUCAAAGCGAAUUAUGAGAGAGGGAAGCAGACGCGGCUCGGUGCGGUGCUUCAGAUUAAUAUCAAAGAUGUUUGUUUGCUUAGCUAUAUCCAUAUGUAUGUGAACAACACAGAAAAAAAAUACUGAAAUUGGUUUCAGUGCUAAUGUAGAGUUGUUUGACCUUUUGUGACCCUAACUAAGAAUGCAUUUGAUCAUUUAGAUGUAACCACUUUUUUAGACACGUGGGAAAGACAUUUCUGACCAUUGUGGAGAAUCUUGGCGGCAUGUGAAUACCUCGUGACUACCACUGGUCUAUCUAUGCAUUAUCAGCUGAAGGAUACGUAACAGUGAAGUCGAUUUGUGUUUGGUAAGACAGCUCUCUGAUCCACUGUAACAGAGGGCUUUGCUCCAACAUCCUGGGUCUCCCACUUCUCAGGUUGCCAUAACAGUAGCUGUAACAUCCGAGACCUGACCUCUGCUGUCUGACACAUGGCUGCGAGACUUUGAUCUACCUCCACCUGCCCUGUUUGUCCAGUCUGUUCAUGCUAUGAACUGGGUAACAGAUUGGACAGAAGGGAGAAAGAAGGUGGAAAGGGAGUUUCUCUCAGAAAACCAUGUUACAGUAGUGGAACCUGGCCAGAAAAAAUGGUCUUUUGUCCUUUUGCCUGUAUGUCAAAUGAAAAAAAUGAAAUGAUGUAUGAACACAUCACUUAACAAAACAAAAUUCAGUUUUUUUAAUAUAACAGGUGCCGGAUAGCCUGUUAAUGACCUGUUUAUAAUGGAUUACCUGUAUUGUUAUAUACUGAUUAUUAUGAUUACUGUUAUUCUGUGGAUCCUAAUAAUGACACUGGUCUGUGUACAGAUAAUGAGACAAGCCCUUUCCUUUAGGAUGAAGGGAGCUUUCUGGAGGGUCUGUCUGUUAUCGUCUCUUCAUAUCUGCAAUAUCAUGGCAUUUUUAAAAUGACAAAGGAGUGAAUGUGGCUCCAUCUAGCGGAAGUUCAUAUGCACUGAUGCAGGCAUUACUGUAGCCAUACUGCAGGUAAAUGAAAAUAAUUGACAGGCUGUAAUACUGUCAGCGCUGGUUUGCAGUUAUUCUCCAGGGUUGUUUAUUUAUAUUUUCAGAUCAUGUAUGUAUGGCGUGUAUAUGAGCUCUCCUGCAGAACCCAUGCAAGCAUGAAAUCUGUAUGUUGUCAAAUUUACUUUCUCCCUUUGCACUGACGGGGUGCUGAUAGCAUCCCCAGAGUGCCUCAUUAUCCAGUCUGUGUGCUUGCAAAUUAAUGUGCAUGAGCACAGACACAGUUUGUUCCUGUGCUGUAGUUCACACGUCUGUUCAACAUUAGUGUCCUGUGUAACAGACAGGCUCUCACACUCCUCAGUCUCCAGCAACGAUUGUGCAAUAAACUGAAGUCUAUAUUUUUAAA